CGCACUCGGCCGGCUGAGGGCGCGGGGCGCUGCGGGGGCGCCGGACCCCGGCCAUGGGGCGGCCCGAGCUGCUGCCGGCGCUGCUGUUGCUGCUGCUGCUGCAUCUGCUGGCCCCAGGGGCCGCCAAGGAGUGCGAGGAGAACCAGUUCCAGUGCGGGAACGAGCGCUGCAUCCCCUCCGUGUGGAGGUGCGACGAGGACAAUGACUGCGUGGACAACAGCGACGAGGAUGACUGCCCCAAGAAGACCUGCUCGGACAGCGACUUCACCUGCAACAACGGGCACUGCAUCCCCGAGCGCUGGAAGUGCGACGGCGAGGAGGAGUGCGCCGACGGCUCCGACGAGUCCGAGGCCACGUGCACCAAGCAGGUUUGCCCGGCCGAGAAGCUGAGCUGCGGCCCCUUGAGCCACAAGUGCAUCCCCUCGUCCUGGCGCUGCGACGGAGAGAAGGACUGCGAGACGGGGGCUGACGAGGCCGGCUGCACCACAGUCUGCUCCCCCAGCGAGUUCCAGUGCAGUAACCGCACCUGCAUCGCCACGGUCUUCGUGUGCGACGGCGACGACGACUGCGGCGACGGCAGCGACGAGCGCGGCUGCCCCGCCCAGGCCUGCGGCCCCCAGGAGUUCCGCUGCAACAGCAGCGCCUGCAUCCCCGAGCGCUGGCUCUGCGACGGCCAGGCCGACUGCGAGGACCGCUCGGACGAGGCGCCGGAGCGCUGCGGGCGCCAGGCGGGCACGGCGGCCCCGGCCACCUGCGGCGCGGGCGAGUACCCCUGCAGCAGCGGCGAGUGCAUCCACCUGAGCUGGAAGUGCGACGGGGACGCCGACUGCAAGGACAAGUCGGACGAGGCCAGCUGUGCCGUGGUGUCCUGCCGCCCCGAGGAGUUCCAGUGUGCGGACGGGACCUGCACCCCCGGGGCCAAGCGCUGCAACCUGGAGCGGGACUGCGCGGACGGCAGCGACGAGGCCGGCUGCCUGCAGGAAUCCACGUGCGAAAGUCCCAGCAAGUUUCAUUGUAAGAGUGGCGAGUGCGUGGACAGCAGCAAAGUGUGUGAUGGUCGCGGAGACUGCCGUGACGGGUCUGAUGAGCCAGUGAAAGAAUGUGUUACGGCAGCAGCCCGGGGAAGGAAGCGGCGGCCCAGGGAGGCUAAUGAGUGUGCCCACAACAACGGGGGCUGCUCCCACAUCUGCAAGGACCUGAAGAUCGGCUAUUCCUGCGAGUGCCCGCCCGGCUACGAGCUGCUGGACAAGAAGACGUGCGGAGACAUAAACGAGUGCGACAAUCCGGACGCCUGCAGCCAGAUCUGCAUCAACUACAAGGGCUACUUCAAGUGCGAGUGCCACCCGGGCUACGAGAUGGACACGCUCUCCAAGAACUGCAAGGCCGUGGCAGGCACGAGCCCCUCCCUGAUCUUCACCAACCGCCACGAGGUCCGGAGGAUCAACCUGGGCAAGCGGGACUACGCGCCGCUCAUCCCCAUGCUGAAGAACGUGGUGGCGCUGGACGUGGAGGUGGCCGCCAACCGCAUCUACUGGUGCGACCUCUUCUACCGCAAGAUCUACAGCGCCUUUAUCGACAAGGCCAGUGAUCGGACAGAGCAGGUGGUGCUCAUCGACAGCCAGCUGCACUCCCCCGAGGGCCUGGCGGUCGACUGGGUCCAUAAGCAUCUCUACUGGACGGACUCCGGCAACAAGACCAUCUCCGUGGCCACUGUGGAUGGCGGCCGCAGAAAGACUCUCUUCAGCCACGAUCUGAGCGAGCCUCGAGCCAUUGCCGUGGACCCGCUCCACGGGUUCAUGUACUGGUCUGACUGGGGUGACCAGGCGAAGAUCGAAAAGUCAGGCCUGAACGGCGUGGACCGGCAGGUGCUGGUCGUGGACAACAUCGAGUGGCCCAAUGGCAUCACCCUGGAUUUGCUAAGCCAGCGGCUCUACUGGGUGGACUCCAAACUGCAUCAGCUCUCCAGCAUCGACUUCAAUGGGGGCAACCGCAAGGUCCUCAUCUUCUCUGUGGACACGCUGAGCCACCCCUUCGGGAUUGCAGUGUUUGAGGACAAGGUGUUCUGGACGGACCUGGAGAACGAAGCCAUCUUCAGCGCCAACCGACUGAACGGCCUCGAAAUCUCCGUCCUGGCCGAGAACCUCAACAACCCUCACGACAUCGUCAUCUUCCACGAACUGAAGCAGCCGAAAGCUCCCGACGCCUGUGAGCAGAGCUUCCAGCCCAACGGUGGCUGUGAAUACCUGUGCCUUCCUGCCCCCCAGAUCUCCAUCCAUUCCCCCAAGUACACCUGUGCCUGCCCCGACUCCAUGUGGCUGGGCCCGGAUAUGAAGAGGUGCUAUCGAGCCCCUCCAUCUACCUCAACAACGACAUCGCCCUCCACCGCCGCGAGGACCCCAGGCACAAGUCUCGGCCCUGGCCCCUUCUCCCUGCCAGGCCACACGAGGAAUCAGAGCUCCGGAGACGCCUCGCUGAGCGUGGGGACGGCCCCCAGUGAGCCCACCAUUAGCGCAUCUUCACGGGGGGUUCCCACGCCAGGAAACAGCAACCACUCACAGCAUUAUGGGACCAUGGGGGGCAAGCUGGUCUCCACGGCCACGGCCGCUGUCAUCGGCAUCAUCGUCCCUGUGGGGGUCAUCGCCUUGCUGGGCAUGAGUGGCUACCUGAUCUGGAGGAACUGGAAGAGGAAGAACACAAAAAGUAUGAACUUUGACAACCCCGUGUACCGGAAGACGACGGAGGAGGAAGAUGAAGAUGAGAUCCACAUCGGGAGGACGGCACAAAUUGGGCACGUCUACCCCGCUCGGGUGGCCUUGAGCCUUGAAGAUGAUGGGUUGCCAUGAUGAGCAGCACCCCUCCGUGCCCGAUGGGAUCGAACACAUGCACUGGACUCUUUCUGGACGCUGGAUGGACGGACGGACGGAUGCGUUUCUUCGCCUGGGGUUUCGCGCGCGCGUGUGUGUGUGAGUGAGAGAGCGAGGGCGUGUGUCUGCGUGUUUGGGAUUCUUUUUUAAGAUUUAUGUUGCGGAAAGGUAACCACAAAGUUAUAAUGAACUGCAGACAUCCAAAGGAUGUGAGAGUUUUGUAUGUAUAAUGUUUUAUACGCGUCUUACCUGGCUGCACUACCCAUAAGGAAGAGCAGAGCAGCCCCUGCUGAGCAACUAACGUGAUGGAUGGAACCAGACCCGGCCCGGCAGGACAGGAGCUGGCUCACCGUUUUAAAAUUAUAUUUAUAGAGGGUGUUUAGGGGGGUUUUGUAAAUAAAAUGAAGACGCUUUGUGGCUAUCCAUCAACAUAAGUUAAAAAAAACAACCAACAAAACAAGCCCCUUCAUGUCCUCCCUGCUCCCCAACACCCCGUCUAGAAUAUUUAUUAACAUAUUUCACAGAAAAGAGCUGUAAAUAAUUUA